GCAUUUAAAAAUGUGUAUAAAAGCCCUACAGAAACUUAGUUGAUGCAAAAGCUUCCACACGAGACGUUGAGUGAAUUAAAAUUAAAUAAAAUGGAUUUCCACACCGCCUGCGAAAAAGCAAAAGCUUUCACCAAGAAGCCCACCGAUGCUGAAUUCUUGGAAUUCUACGGUCUCUACAAGCAAUCCACAGUCGGUGAUGUGAACAUUGCUGCGCCCAGCGCUAUUAACUUGAAGGACAAGGCGAAAUGGGAUGCAUGGAACAAGCACAAGGGUUUGUCCAAGGAUGCCGCCCAAGCUGCCUACAUUGCCACCUAUGAGAAAUAUGCACCCAAAUACGCUUAAACUGUUAAAUUUUAGUAUUUUAAGAAAAAAACCGACAUUUACUUAAAGUUUUUAACUUAAAUGGGAAAUAAACUAUAUCGGCAUUAUGAAAAGACUA